UGCCGGGGCAGCAGUGGCCGCCCCGCCCCGCGCGUUUCCCAGGAGGCCGCGCGCCCGCCGAGGUCAAGAUGGCGGCGAAGGCGUCUGUUGCAGGAGGUGGUCGCCUGUUAGACAAGAUUCGCAAGUGGUAUUACAAUGCAGCUGGGUUCAACAAACUUGGGUUAAUGCGAGAUGAUACACUGCAUGAAGAUGAUGAUGUAAAAGAAGCACUGAAGAGACUUCCAGAACCUCUGUACAAUGCAAGAGUAUUUCGCAUAAAGCGAGCACUGGACUUAAGCUUGAAGCAUCAGAUCCUUCCAAAAGACCAGUGGGUAAAGUAUGAAGAGGAUCAGCCUUAUCUGGAACCAUACCUAAAAGAAGUAAUCCGUGAAAGACGUGAAAGGGAAGCAUGGAACAAGAAAUAACUAUUGAACUACUUCAUGCAAAUAUCCAGAUAUUUCUGAUAUUUUUAAACAUUUGGUUGUAGAAGUCCAUAGGGAGGCAAUUGUGAGCCUGAAGAAUACUGUUUCAGCUUGUUCAUUGAGUCUGAUCAUCCAACUAAAAUAAACAUGUCAAAAUAUAAAAA